GUCACUCUUUAUCAACGAAAAGGUUCAACAUGAUCAUGAAGGCAUUGCUGAUAAACUGUUUCAUAGUUAUUACGUCUGCUACCAUCCCGAGACCAAGAGGAGUAGCCGAUUCAAAUGCAUCCCACUAUCAGCCUAACAAUGAAGGUGUGUUUGUUUGUAUUGAUGGCUCUCAGACUUUCCCGUAUUCCUAUGUGAACGAUGACUAUUGUGACUGUGCUGAUGGAUCUGAUGAACCAGGUACAUCUGCUUGCCCAAAUGGCAAGUUCACUUGCACCAAUGCCGGACAUCGACCACUGAUAGUUCCAGCUUCCCGUGUCAAUGAUGGUGUUUGUGACUGUUGUGAUGGAACCGACGAAUAUUCAGGAAACAUAGCCUGUGUCAACACUUGUCAAGAACUUGGGAAGAAACACAAAGAGGAGGUGGAGCGUAUCAUGAAACUACAAGAAGAAGGCAUAAAAAAGAAGAAAGAAUUUGCUGAAACUGGCAAGAAGAUGAAAGAAGAAAAAAAGGCCAGACUUGAGCAAUUACAAACAGACAGAGAAUCAGCUGAGGCAGAACGCCAGGAAUUGGAAACCAAGAAAGAAGAAGCUGAAGCUCCUGAGAAGGAAGCAAAAGAUAAACAUCAACAGGCCUGGGAUGAAGAGAAAGCUCGUAGAUCAGCAGAAAAAGAGGCAGCUGCUGCCUCAACAGCCUUCCAGGAACUGGACUCCAACAAUGAUAACUUUGUUGAUGUCUUAGAGAUGGUCAUUCACAAUGAGUUUGAUAUUGACUCCAAUGGUGUGGUCAGUGAAGAGGAAGCAAAGGAACAUCUGGAAGAGGCAGAUAAAGUAGACAUGGACACAUUUGUUUCCAAAAUCUGGCCAAACGUCAAACAAAUCUACAAACCCUUGGUUCCUGAAGAAAGUCAAGCUGAUGGGGAGGCCUCACCCCCAGCAGACUCACAGGGAGAGACAGCCACUCCCCCAGACGAGGAAGCUAAAGACUCUCCCAACUCCCUUCCUCCCCCUCCUCUGGACCCUGAGGAUGAAUAUGAUGAAGAGGAGGAGGAGGAAGAGGAUGAGGAGGAUGAGGAUGACAUGGAUGAUAGGGAUGAUUAUCAUGAUACUGCAGAAGACACAGAGGAUAAAAUGCCUGAUUAUGAUGAGGAGACUCAGGUUCUAAUAGAAGCUGCUGAUAUUGCUAGGAAUGCUUUCAUUGCUGCUGAUGAGAAAGUUAAAUCCAUCGACAGAGAAAUAUCAUCGCUGCAGAGCUACAUGAACCUGGACUUUGGUAAUGAUGAGGAAUUUUCGGUCCUGAAGGAUCAAUGCUUUGAGUACACUGAUCGGGAGUACACCUACAAGUUAUGUGCUUUUGACCGCGCCUCACAAAGACCAAAGUCUGGGGGCUCAGAGACAAGUCUUGGAACCUGGGGGAAAUGGAGUGGUCCGGAGAAUGACCGUUACUCUUCUCAGCUGUAUGAGCGUGGACAGAAUUGCUGGAAUGGCCCAGACAGAUCUGUUAAAGUCCAUUUUAAAUGUGGCCCAGAAAAUCAAUUGACCAAUGCCUAUGAACCUAGCCGUUGUGAAUAUGCAUUCGACUUUAUUUCACCUGUUAGCUGUUCAGGGAAAAUAUCACCGAUGGAUCCACAUUCUCACGAUGAACUCUGACCUAAAAUUCACUAUGAAUUUGUAUUUAAAACAUUUCUAUCAACCUAAUUUUUAUGUAACUUUUUCUUUUGUUAAAUUAUAACCAUUAUCAACUGUACACAUUAUGCACUCAACUUUUUUUGUACUUUUGAAGAUGUCAAAUCCAUAUUUGUUCAUUGCCAAUUAGGAAAUGUUAAGAUUGUAGGAAAAUGGAAAACAAGAAGGUGUCUUUGACAUUAAUUGCUUUUGUUUAUAAUUGACAUCAGUUGAAGUGCUGUUCAGGGAAAAGUUUUUUUCAAUCAAAUAUCUCAUCUUAUGUUCAUCUUAUGUGUAAUAAAUUCUG